AUGAAUAUAGAAUCAACAAUCAUUGAUACGCCAAUAACAAACAAUCCAGGAGGUGGGGAAGGUAGAAAAACAUUAAUAUGUGCCGGUUGUCUCAAUGCUAUUGAGGACGAAUUUAUACAGGCAUUGAACCAGGAAUGGCACAUUGAUUGCUUUCGAUGUUCGGCGUGUGACAUUGGUUUAUCCUCCUGGUACUUUGAGAAAGAUGGUUUGCUAUUUUGUAAGGAUGAUUAUUGGGCUGCUUAUGGCGAAGCAUGUCAAGAUUGUGGCCAGAUCAUCACAGGCCCUGUCAUGCUGGCAGGUGACCACAAAUUUCAUCCAGAAUGUUUUGCUUGUACAUCAUGCGGUGCUUUUAUCGGCGAUGGCGAAAGUUAUGCACUUGUUGAACGAUCCAAGUUGUACUGCGGGGUUUGCUACAAGCGACAAAUGCAACCACUUAACAGGACGUCAAACUAUCCUUUUGCCAGGAAACCGCACAGCAUUAGACUGGUCGAAAUACCACCCAGCACAACAGAUCCAGAUAAGCAAAGAGGAAUCAAACUCACGUUAGACACAGCUCCCAGUCCCCGCAGUUGUGGUGCUUUGCUGCGCAUUUCAGAAUUGAACAUGUCCAGCGAUCUCAUAUCAUUACAUAUUGGCGAUCGAAUCUUGGAAGUAAAUGGCACCCCUGUUAAAGACCAGCCGGUGGAAAAUAUUGAAAAUCUCAUACAAUACUCGGACACAGUUUUACAAUUGACUAUCGAGCACGAUCCAGAUGCAGUAUUACGACGGCCCACGUUCUCUUCACCGUCCUCGGCGGCGCUGACAUGUGUCGGUAGUCCCAGGACAAGUCCCGAAGGCAAAGAGCGGUUAUUUAAGCGUCGGGACGAAGGUUACAUUAACGGUGCGCGGAGCCGACAAUUGCGAAGAACGAGAGAUCCUAUGCAUAAAGAACGUAGUAGUUCUAUGUCGCGAUUGCUCGACGGAUCUUCUCCAACGAAUCCUACUUAUGAUUUGAGCCGCACCAGAUCCUUCCGUGUAGAACCAAAGAAUCAGAGAAUAUUUCGAGCGAGUGAUUUGGUGAAAGGCGAACUCCUGGGCAAAGGAUUCUUUGGACAAGUAUUCAAGGUGACGCAUCGCGAUACGGACGAGGUGAUGGUUCUCAAGGAAUUGUACAGAGUGGAUGAGGACGCGCAAAAGAACUUUUUGAAAGAGGUUGCGGUACUACGUUCAUUACACCAUAACAACGUUCUUCGAUUUAUCGGUGUUCUUUACAAGGAUAAGAAACUGCAUUUGGUUACCGAAUACAUAGCAGGUGGCACGUUAAGGGCCCUGCUUCACGACACGAACGAACCAUUGCCGUGGGAACAGCGUACGUCUUUUGCAAAAGAUAUCGCUGCCGGCAUGGCUUAUUUGCAUUCUAUGAACAUUAUCCAUCGCGACUUAAACUCGCACAAUUGUCUCGUUCGCGAGGAUAAAACUGUUGUUGUUGCUGAUUUCGGUCUGGCGAGAAUCAUUCAGAACGGUAACUCGCCAGACAAUCGCAAAUAUAAUCGACAUUCCGAUGGAGAGGUGAAGACUUCGAAGAAAGAACGAAAGAAACGAUACACAGUUGUCGGGAAUCCCUAUUGGAUGGCACCCGAGAUGAUGAAAGGCAACAAAUACGAUGAAAAAGUAGAUAUAUUCAGCUUUGGUAUCGUCGUCUGUGAAAUUAUAGGUCGAGUUCAGGCAGAUCCCGAUUAUUUACCAAGAACCUCAGACUUCGGUUUGAAUCAAAAUGUCUUCAAGGAAAAAUUUUGUUCCAAUUGUCCAGAAACCUUUUAUAUGAUCGCAUUUCUUUGUUGUGAUCUGAAUCCCGACAAGAGGCCGCCAUUCGAAGUUAUGGAGGUUUGGCUAGAAGGAUUGGCGAUGCAUUUGUCUGUAGGUGCCGAAUUGCCAGCAGAUCUUGACUUUGAUAUCAGGAAUUACAAAGGACCGAGUCCGAGCAGCAGUGAGUCCACGACUCCAGAAACUCUGGCACCACAAUUGAAACCUAUCAAGGAAGGCCAAGUGCAUCAAGAGAAAAAGCGGUCUACUGGUUGCGAUGACAGUACUUUAGAACGUGAGAUAGAGCCCUCGUCAGGUAAUAUUCUUCAUGUGCCUGUGAGUCCACGUAACAGGUAUACGAGACAAAAUAGUAAGAGCAACGAUAGUUCGGGCAACACGGGACGUUACUCGAAGCAAAAUUCCAAAUCAAAAGACUUCGUAUCCGACAAGGAGAAGCCUGACAUCGUGAUUUCACCCGAUUCCAGCGGUUUCAGCGGACGAUACAUGAGGAAUAACAAUAUCAAAUUGAAAGAUACAUCUCCCGACAUUCCAAAUACUUACGCUUAUUCGAAGCAGGAAAUAUAUCCAAGCCAAAUCGAAGCGAAUGAGCAUAAUGUGACUCGGAUGCCCACCGUAGAGAAGAUAAAGUACGUAGGAAACGCGAGUCCAUAUGUCGUACCGGAUGCUUCGGAAUAUAUAAUCGACAGUAAAGGCUCGUAUAAGAUCAACAUAAAACAGAAAUCCGCGGAGAAAUGUAAUGAUACAAGUGGUCACAAGACGAAGCCGGAGAGCAAAUUCAAGAUACCAGAUGCCGCAGGUUCCGUCGGCAUUUAUCUAAAACAAAUUGGUAAAUCUAUCGGCGCUAUAGAGAAAGAAAAUAAAAUGAUUAAUAAUACGGCAAACAACGGUGAUACCGAUUCGAAAAGAGUGAUCAGUGAAGGCACAAAAUCUACCGGAUCAUAUUUGCGAAGAACAAAAAUAUCGCCGACCAAGGAGACAUCGAAGAACGCAUUUUCUAACAAAGAGACUAUCAAAGAUAAAGUUGAUGGUAUUUCGCCGCUAAAAAAAUCCGAAUCAAAAAUCCCUCCAAAUCAAGAGAAUAUCGUGGGAAACGAAAAGGAUAUUAAAGAUAGAUUAUCUAGGCAGGAAAGUAAUGUCUCCGACGUUGGCAGUAUCUUGUCCAGAGAAGGAAGCCUUACAGUAUUAGAUUGCACAUCUAAAUACAAAGAUUACUCACCAUUCAAUACUUUUACAAAGAGUGAUUUUUGUCAAGAUCAUUCUUUCGGAAAGCAAAGCUCAGGGCUGUAUCAUACAGACAGUCUUUAUUCCAACUCCAGCAUUUCGAAACGAGACGAUCUCAUCAUACCUAACAAGCAAAAUACGAGUAAUGACGUUGUUGGAAUGAGACCGAUGGACAAUGGAUCAAAAAGCUCAAUGAUGACUUCGUCUAUAUAUAACAACGAUUUAAAGACGAUGCCAAGCUGUCUGGCUGAAUAUAAUGGAUGCUACAAGGGUAUCGAUAUCUGCAGACAGGACAGUUUUGGUUCCGACAGCGCCCUCGGCACUAUGAAGAGUGAUUUCUUCGCGGAUGUCGAUUUCGCGCAAAUAAGAGAUGGUCGGCACACGCCGGACUUGUGCCAUACAUCUGAAAGGUGCUGCACACCUAAUCGUCCGACAUCACCGAUAGAAAGUACUGCUUUAUAAAUCAAAAUGCGCUACGGGAAGAGGAUUGUUAUUCUUCUUGAAGAGAAGUUGUUGCUUUACAUCGAGAUACAUCGAGAUAACGUUCGUAAUCCCCGACGAUGAAUGAAUCUCAUUUGCUACUAAUUUGAUCUCUUUAUUCAUAUAAUUCAUAAACUUUAUUCAAUAAGGGCCAUGUUAACGUGCUUAGUUUUGCAGUAUUAACUUUUUAUUUUAAGAGUUUAUUUCGUUUAUUAUUUUUAUAAAACAUUGAGCGAUAAAAGAUUGAAUUCGUGUUGACCUUAUGCGCGACAUUUUAAUAUCUGUUUUGAAAAAUUUUCUGAAAAAAGAUAUAGCUUUAUUUUAUUAUUAAAAUUGUGUAUUUUAAAAAUUUGGAAAGUUGAUGAUAGGCGCAAGACAGACGCAGGAACUUCGAACUGGAAAUAUUCCCGUUGAACACACAAAUCAAAAUAUUGUCUUGCUGGGAAAAGUAAUGACACAAUACUCAGUAUUAACGAAUAUUCAAUUGCCGGUUUACGAAUUUUUAGGUCGUAAUGGCAUCAGUUAAUUAGCCGUAAGAAUUUCGAUUACAUUCCUAAAAAAAGAUCUUGCCACGUGGUUUUUCAAACGUGGGAGUUUAGGCGAUGAAACGCGGCUCCCCCGACAAAAGCCAUUCCAUCCAAAAUACUUGUAGAACCGGGAUUUUGAUAAGUACAAUAUUAUUAGUGUGCUCGAAACAGUAGCACUGUGAAUACGUCGAUUUUUGCAAAUUACGAAUGACACGACUACAGAAUCAAACAAACCGUCAAAAAGUCGAAGUACUAAGUACUAAGUAGAAGCUAUACAUUUUGACUUUGUAAGUUGGUGCAAAAUACGUUUUCCCUGAGACUGCACGAUCAUGUAAGUUUUUCUGAAAAUUGCGAGCACAUCAUGUAGACUCAGUUCUUGUAGAAUACGGUGUAAAAAUGGUAUAUUUGUUUCAGGGCAUACAGAUGUACAUCACAGUGUAAAAUAUUGUAUACGUUUUUGUAAUACUGCUGUAUAUGUACAGAUAAUUGAUAUAUUAUAUAUGUAUGUAUACAUACGUGCAUAUAAAUAUAUACAUAUACAUGCGACGUUUAUAUCUUCGUUACGUCCAUUAACUGUUCUCGAUGUACUCUGAUAAGAGAUUACAUUGUACAUUACAAAUGUGAAUUAUAUUUAUGUAUUUCUUUUCUACCGACGUAUACAGUACGCUUCUUCUUUAACGAGGAUAUAAACGAUGGCAGAGUAGUAAAUAAAACGUGUGUAUAAAAAAAAAGAAACAAAUGAUUUGUAUAUAAGUUUGUAUAUAUUUGUAUUCAAAUAUUUGUAAUUUCCAAAACACCGAUCGAGGUAUUUGAGUAACAAUAAGUUUUAUACUUGCGACAUAGGUUCUAUUCCGAAAUAUAUUGCCGAUCCUUUUUUUUUUUCUUUUAAAUCGCAUGUCGACUAUAAUUUCAUGACGAUUUAGAUGAAAUUACAUUGCUUUUAUAGACGCAGUUCCAAGCAAUAAUUUUAAUAAAACGUAUAAUUUCAUCACAUUUUUAUCCCACCAUCAACAAAAUCAUCUCACGUUAGAUUGCAUGCAAGCGACCACUUUCCCUCACCAGAAAAGAAGUUACUUUCGCGGUUACACGUUUGUUAAUAUAUUGUUUCGAAAAUAAAAAAAAACGUUUAUUACUCAUAUAAUAAAGGCAUUCUCGAAUUGUUUGUAUCUAUAACAUAUUUUGUGAUUAGUCUGACGAUCGUUUUUCCUUUUCUUUUUUUGUCUUAAAAUUAUAAUUGACCGCACGAAAAAAGCCUAAAGAAACAACCCUGAUCUUUAUUUUUCUCUACGUGUUAGUUUUAGUUUAAUUCUCUCACAAAUUGAAGACAAGCGAAUCUAAUGAUCUAUAUUUUUUUGACUUUUAAAAUCUGAAUCUUAUGCUCUGCGAAUCCUAGCAUUUUUUGUAAACUUCCACCGAAGAAAAUCCUAAAGAAUUACGAGAUUUUACAGUAUGUCUCGUAAACACAUGGGGUAAUUACUAAUCAGCCGUUCUAGGCUUUAAUAUAUAAUUUCUACAAAUGGAUUCUAAAUUAAUCUCGGGGUUUAAUUUAUUUUUUAUUCUUUUUAAAUUCUUAGAGAUUAAAAAAAAAUUAGAGUAAAUUUAAACCGAGAUUAAAAUUAAAUUACAUUGGUAGAAAUGGACAUAAGCCACGCGUCACCCCUUCUCUCUUCGUAUAUGUGGCAUGUAAUGGGAACACACACAUUAUCGCUAAAUGUUACGAGCGUUUAUCACGUAGAACAAGUUCCAAAACAUCGCAAACAACGCGUGUCCAGUCAUAGAGACGGACGUUGUGCAAUAACUGUGCGGCUUGCUGUAUGUAUACGGUAGAGACUAGCCUAAGAGAAUCGUUUCACGAUCCUUGUCCUUAGUUAAUGAGAGCAAACUAAUUAGCGACCUAAGGUAGAGCGUUUCGUGAGAAAUUGUGAGAUUGCGUCAUGGAA